GUAGGACGGAUGAUGAGAUGCUUUCCCUCCUCCACUCACUCGAUCCAGCUUCGCUUGCAGUGCCUCCUCCGGGAGAAAAGGGGGCAGGCAUCCGUGCAUUUCCUUCGGCCCUUCCUUCCUUCCUUCCUCUCCCGGUGACCCUCGUCCCUUCCUUUCCUUCCCUCGAAAGGCACGAGCAGCGAAGAAGAGGGUGCGAUUGCAAGGUGCCAGACUCUGCACCUGGGGAACCUCUGCCUGCAAUGCAAAACCUUGCAGAGCCCCGGGGCCUGGCAGCCUGCAGCCAGAGGAUUUCCAAGGCUCCAGGGAAAAGCUGAUUUUUUCCCUCCCCUCUCCAAUCUUGCAAGAGGGGCACUUCCCGGGUCUCUGGGCUCCCAAUGCUUGCCCGCAGGCGCGGCAUGGGAACUGGCCAGAGGGUGCUGGUCUACCUGUCCCGUAGCCACGCCCACCCCCGGCCUGCCAGGUUCGAACAGAGCAUCGUCGGCCACUUCGGUGCAAUCCACGAAGACGGCCGAGAGGUCCACUGCGGCAAAGAAGCACAUCAGUUCCUCAUUUCUGACCGGGAGUUUUGUGGCUCCAGCAAAGUGCUCUUGAAGCGGCCGCCGUUCUGCCCCAUCAAGCUCUUGAGUGCAGAUCAAGCGGCUUCCCUGCCGGGGGAGAUCCGGGAUCGAGGCGUGGAUGUCGGGGUGGCGGUUCUCCUGCAGUCCGCCACCGGGGAGGUUUUGCUCACCCGGCGCGCCAGGCGCCUGAGCAUCUUCCCCAACGUUUGGGUGCCCCCAGGCGGUCACGUCGAACCGGACGAAAAGUUACUGGAGGCAGGGCUGCGGGAACUGCAGGAAGAGACGGGAUUGCAGCUUCAGGCUGGGGAGUUUUCUUGCCAGACGCUGGGCCUUUGGGAGUCCGUCUACCCUCCUUACCUGAGCCGUGGGUUGCCGAGGCGUCACCACGUGGUCCUUUAUCUCUGGCUGCUCUCCCAGGAAAGGCACCAGCAGCUGCAGGGGAGGCUGAAGCCCGAUGAAGCGGAAGUGAGCGCCUACGCUUGGCUGGAACCCCGGCUCCUGGCCGCCAUCGCCGCCACGGGAGACGAGGCUGGAGGUGGGAACAGCGCAGGCGACGCUCAUCUGCCUCCGACCCUCCGGAUCACCGAACUGAAGAACGGCUCGGCUCAGUCGGUCCAGAUCCCCGUCGCCACCUUCUUCAACACGGCGCCAGCGCAAGGGGACGACCUGGAGCGCGUCAGCACCGGGACCAAGUUCGCCCUUCAGCAGUGGCGCAAUGUUUCCGCAGCGCGAGUCGAGUAAGACCCGAGCCUGCUCCGAAAGGGCUUCGGAUACCUCAAAAAGUGAACCCCAGUAAGAUCCUGACAUUUGUGGGGGGUCUGGCAGAGGCUCUCCCCUGCUGCUUUUGAAAGGACGCCACUGUCCCGCUGGCAAAAAAAAUCUGUAUUUCGCCCACACUCUCCCACAGCCAAUAAAUGAGAAGAAUUCUUA